GAUACUUUUGUUUAUCGUUGAAUUGCGCGCGCUCAUUUGCAGGUCAUCUGGUGGUUUCCCUUUGCAAUUUGCACGCGAGUACCCUUAAUUUCGUGCAAAAAUGGCUGAUUUAGAGGAGAGAGAAGACACCCCUUCACCCCUUGGGAACCCGGCACUAAAAUUGAAGAUGCCUCCCAAAGCAGGUGGAAGUGGUUAUGGGGAAGAAUAUGAUGCCAAAUUGGAAAAGGACAGAUCGUCUCGAUUUGACUUCUUGCUGCAGCAGACAGAGAUCUUUACUCAUUUCAUGAGCACAAGCUCCAUGAAGUCGCCAACCAGUCCACUCAAACUUAAACCAGGCAGACCCAAGAUGAAGAAAGAUGAGAAACAAAAACUCUCUGCAGUUGGAGAUCAUCGGCACAGAAAGACAGAGCAGGAGGAAGACGAGGAGCUACUGACGGAGUCCCGCAAGGCUACAUCCGUCAUCACACAGUUUGAGAAGUCACCGACGUACAUCAAGGCUGGUGAGAUGAGGGAUUACCAGGUCCGAGGUCUCAACUGGCUCAUCUCGCUCUACGAGCACGGCAUCAAUGGUAUUCUAGCCGAUGAAAUGGGUCUUGGCAAGACACUACAAACCAUCUCGUUGCUAGGUUACAUGAAGCAUUACAGACACAUCCCUAGCCCCCAUCUUAUCAUCUGCCCCAAGUCUACGUUAGCAAACUGGAUGGCCGAGUGUGAAAGAUGGUGUCCUUCACUCAGGGCUGUCUGCCUUAUUGGUAACCAAGAUCAGAGGUCUGCCUUUAUUCGAGAUGUGAUGAUGCCUGGUGAAUGGGAUGUCUGUAUAACAUCUUACGAGAUGGCCAUCAGAGAGAAGUCAGUGUUCAAGAAGUUCAACUGGCGCUACCUCGUCAUCGAUGAAGCUCACAGGAUAAAGAACGAGAAAUCAAAGCUCUCAGAGAUUGUCCGUGAGUUCAAGACCACCAACCGUCUCCUGCUGACCGGCACGCCCCUUCAGAACAAUCUCCAUGAACUGUGGGCCCUCCUCAACUUCCUCCUCCCCGAUGUCUUCAAUUCUUCAGAGGACUUCGAUGCCUGGUUCAGCACCCAGGAUUGUCUCGGCGAUGACGGUCUUGUCCAGAGAUUGCAUGCUGUGCUACGUCCCUUCUUGCUUCGACGUUUGAAAUCUGAUGUAGAGAAGGCUCUACUGCCUAAGAAAGAAACCAAGAUGUAUGUGGGUCUCAGCAAAAUGCAAAGAGAAUGGUACACAAAGAUCCUCAUGAAAGACAUUGACGUCGUCAACGGAGCUGGAAAAUCCGACAAGAUGCGACUGAUGAACAUCCUCAUGCACCUGAGGAAGUGUUCCAACCACCCUUAUCUGUUUGAUGGGGCUGAGCCUGGCCCACCUUACACCACGGACAAACAUCUGGUGGACAACUCCGGAAAGAUGGUGGUCCUUGAUAAGCUCUUGCCCAAGCUCAAAGAGCAAGGGUCGCGUGUCUUGAUCUUUAGUCAAAUGACCCGUCUACUGGACAUCCUUGAGGAUUACUGUGUAUGGAGGGGUCAUGCCUACUGCAGGUUGGAUGGUCAAACUCCACAUUCGGAGAGACAGGAAAGCAUCAAUGCAUUCAACCUCCCAGACAGCGAGAAGUUUGUGUUCUUGUUGAGCACCAGGGCUGGGGGUCUCGGAAUCAACCUCGCCACUGCCGACAUCGUCGUCCUCUACGACAGCGACUGGAAUCCUCAGGUCGAUCUCCAAGCCAUGGAUCGUGCUCAUCGUAUCGGUCAGAAGAAGCAGGUUCACGUUUUCCGCUUCAUUACGGAGAAUACUGUAGAAGAGCGUAUCGUAGAGAGGGCGGAGAUGAAACUUAGGCUGGAUAACAUCGUCAUUCAGCAAGGACGUCUGGUGGACUCUAACCUGAAGAUGAACAAGGAUGAAGCCUUAGAGAUGAUCCGUCAUGGAGCCAACUUCAUUUUCUCAUCCAAGGACAGCACUGUGACCGACGAGGACAUCGACCACAUCCUUCAGAAGACCGAACAGAAGACUUCCAAGUUCAACGAGAAGCUCAACCAGAUGGGAGAGGGUGGCUUGCGUAACUUCAGCAUGGAUGCCCCAAGCAAGAGCAUCUUUUCCUUUGAGGGAGAGGACUACAAAGAAAAGCAGAAACAAACCGGUAUCAAUUGGAUUGAACCGCCCAAGAGAGAACGCAAGGCCAACUACGCCGUGGACGCGUACUUCAGAGAGGCGCUCAGGGUCAGCGAACCGAAGGCUCCUAAGGCUCCAAGACCACCAAAGCAGCCCAAUGUGCAAGACUUUCAAUUCUUUCCUCCUCGCCUCUUUGAACUUCUGGACAAGGAAAUCUACGCCUACAGGAAAGGCAUUGGAUACAGGGUCCCACUGAACCCAGACCUUCCAGAUGCUUCCAAGGUCAGGAAGGAAGAGCAGCGCAGGAUUGACGAUAGCAGUCAGCUUGAUGAGGAUGAGAUCCAGGAAAAAGAAAGUCUACUCACUCAGGGAUUCACGAACUGGAACAAGAGGGAUUUCAACCAGUUUGUGAAGGCAUGUGAGAAGUUUGGACGUGAUGACGUGGAGAGCAUCUGCCGUGAUGUAGAGGGCAAGACACCAGAUGAGGUUCGUGAGUAUCUGAAUGUGUUCUGGGAUCGUUGCAAUGAGCUUCAGGAUGUGGAUCGUAUCAUGGCUCAAAUAGAGAGAGGAGAAUCAAAAAUCCAGAGGAAGAUUGGUAUCAAGAAGGCUCUGGAUGCCAAGAUGGCCCGAUACCGCGCACCGUUCCACCAGCUCCGCAUCCAGUACGGAACCAACAAGGGGAAGAACUGGACUGAGGAUGAGGACCGAUUCCUGGUCUGCAUGCUUCACAAGCUUGGCUUCGACAAGGAGAAUGUUUACGACGAUCUCAGGAGUUCAGUCAGACAGGCCCCGCAGUUCCGCUUCGACUGGUUUAUCAAGUCACGUACAGCAAUGGAGCUCCAACGUCGAUGCAACACCUUGAUCACCCUGAUAGAAAGAGAGAACCAGGAGCUUGAAGAGAAGGAGAAGGUGGAUAAGAAGAAGGGCAGAGGAAACAAUAAGGGAUCAGGAAGGGUUAGCAUGGGAACGCCCAAGGCUGAGAAGAGAAAGGCUGAUGACGACACAGACAGUAGAGGGCGCAAGAAGAAUAAGAAGUGAAUAAUCCAAUCGGAUGUGAAUAUCUAGUCAUGUGAUCAAGCCUGUGCUCUUGAUAAACAUGAUUGUAAGAUAUAGUUAAGUCUGUCUGCCUCGAUGGAGCUUUUGGUGACUACUGGUGCACAGAUAACUUUAAGGUAGUAGAUAUUCAUCUAGUCUAAAGUGAAGAAAGUAUCAAAAAAAAGGACUUACAGGGGACCUUUGAUUUGGAUGGUUGUUUGACUUAUGUGAAGUCGACUUGGGCAAAGUUGACUGCUGUCAAAACUGUUUUAGGAGCCAACUGUUCUCUGUGAGAACAUGUCUUUGAUGGCCUCUGAAACUGUCUACCAUUUGAAAGGAAUAUGUUUUGUAGACCUUGUCUAUAAAGGCCACCCAUCGCCAGUGGCCACUUUUUUCUGUUUCCCAUGGGUGGUCUUAAUAGACAGGUUUGACUAAAGAUAUCUAUAAAAAAAAAUGUUGAAACUUCAUUGUACAUAAUCCAUUGGUCCCAAUAAUAGUUUCUUCACCAAAAGCCCGGAAACGGGCUAUGAAAGACAAGAAUCGAAUUAUGAAAGUUGAGACUGAUUUAUGAUGCCAUAAUCCUGACAAAUUUGGUUUUAAAAAAAAAGAAGGAUUUUCCAUGCUCAUUAUGACAUGACCAACAAAAUUGUGCAUUUUUUUUAGCAGGAAUUCAUAAAUCAGAUUUGAAUUAAACACAAUAUAACUAAAGGACUAAGAAUGCAAUCUGUGUCAUACAUAUUUGGGACAAAGAACCGUAAUUUUUCUACCAGAAUAUUUGGAUCCAGUAACACUAAGCUAAGACCUUUUCUUUUCUUUAGGAAUCUCUUAACUACCAUACUUCAGAACUCAGGGAAUAAUUUUGCUUUACAAAUUUGAAUAGCAUAUUUGGUCAUAAGAGGAAAGCUCUCAACUAAGUAAUGUACAGUCCAAUGUAAAAAUAUGCUAUACGAAUGACUUUAUGUUUAAAAAAUGUGGAGCAAAUUGCGAUGCGAUACCAGGAAAAUUAUUCCCUGAGAACUUAUUUUUUCAUUAGAAUACAUUCCUUUUGCUUGUAAAGUUAAUGAUCUAAGUACAUUUACAAGCAAUGAUGAUGCCAUUUUGUAAAUACACCCUGAAUAUUGACCAAAUGAAUUGACUGUAUAUUGUGAUGUGAGAGAAAGGAAUCGGGUAGUAAGAUAAGAGUAAUGCCCAAGGCUGAGGCCUCAGUCUGCAGAGAUAUGGGUCCUGUCUCAUAAAACAUGUUAAACUAACAAAUUUGCAAUGACAGUUAAAAGCUACUGAAGUACUUUGAUCUGAUUGGCUGAUAAUUGAUUUGUUCCAGAAAUUGUGCAUUUAUUAUUAUAACAAGUCUUUAUGAAACAGGACCCUGUAAGAGUGGUAAGAAUGAUGUAAACCAGAGUUCCUUAACACGAAGGCUAGCGAUUAAUCAUACGCUUAAUUUCACGAUUGAUUGUUGUUUUUAAUGCAAUCAACUGUUAUUCUAUGAUGAUUUCUAGCCUUUGUGUUACAGGCUACUGAUCUAAUGCCUCUUGUCCAUGUCAGCUAUGUAAUGUUGUCUCUAUUUAUAUCCAAAUUGAAAAAAAAGCUGUAGACAUUAAACAAUCGCAUGAGUGGUGGUGAUCUAACUAUUUAAACAUUUUGUAAAAAAGUGCUAGUAUUGUGAAUGAAGUAUUGACUGUGCAGAGUAUGGUUUUGAUUAAACUUAAGUAAGAUAUGGUGCAUCAAAUACAGAUCAAAUGCAGUAUGACACACAGCCAUGGUAGACGUGUAAAACAUCCAGCAUAUUCAUUAAAUUCUUUUGAAUUAAUUUUGCGAUGGAGUUGUGUUUAUAUGCAACUUCAUCAAUUAGUUUUCUGUUAAGCUUGUAAACAUUGUUUUAUGCCAAAAUUGUAAAUGGUAAUGAUGACUGUUUGUAACUUACAUACUUCUUGACACUCAUUUUGUGUUAUCUAUUAUUAUGAUGAACAGUAAUGAGAUUAUGUAUUCAAUUUGAGAAAGAUCAUAUUGGGACCCGAUAUAGUUGUCAUGUUUACUUUGUAAGUACAAUUGUGGAAGGCUUUUGCCUAGGAGGUUUAUUUUUCUAUUGUGGGAUAAUUACAAUGGUACUUGAUAAUGAUACCAUCAUCUUUAUCAUCAUUACCAUCAUCAUCAUCAUUGCCAUCAUCAUCACCAUCGUCAUCAUCACCACUAUCGUCAUCAUCAUCAUCAUAGUCAUGAUAGUCAUCAUCGUCAUUAUCAUUAUUCAUCAUCAAGGUCAUUAUCAUAGUCAUUAUCAUUAUUCAUCGUUACGUCAUCUUCACCGUCAUCAUCUUCAGAUUCCUGGGCCCUUUUACAAGUCUUUGUUGAUUUUCACUUAUGACACAACCUUCAUAAGCUCAGUCACAUUUUCAUCUUCUAACAUGGAGCAAAGCAUGAUAUUUGCAAUAUCUGAGCCACUGAUGGGUCGUCGUCCAUUUUAAUCACAAUUUUGUUUCUCAAAUCAAUUUUAAAUGGCACGAUGCUAUCUUCUUCAGAAUGAAUUUAGUGACUCGGAAUUCACAAUUUCACCAUAUUUCUGAUUCCAUUACAUGUACUAACAUUUGCUUGUUUGAACAUACAAUAUUUCAUUGAAGUUGGGUUCAGUGAGAUUUUCACAUUUCUUCACCAAGUUUGAUAUGAUCCAGUAUGUACAUGAAAUGCAAGGCACAACAAUCUUCUUUACACUAUGUCUACCUUGAUUAAACAUUUUUGCUAUGUAACCAAUGAUAUGUAUUAUGUCCAAGUUUAAGUUCUGUUUCUUCAGAGAAUGUAUUGUGGUUUCUUUUCCAGUUUUGUUUACAGUCUGAUUAAAAAUAAACAUAUUUUCAGUGAGUAAAA